GUCAUUGUCAUCUCUAUUGACAAUAUUUAACAACAGAAUUGAAAUAAUUGAUAAAUUAUAAAAUUGUUAAAUCCCAAUUACCAAAACUAUGUCCAAACAAUAUGGCCUGAUUAUACCUGGGCAGCAGAAAAAGAAGCCAAUUCCUCUUGCUAAACCCACUCCGGCCUCUAUAUUUGACGAAAGCAGCGAUUCAACCAGCGAGGACGAUGCUUCUGCGCCCAAAUCGAUGCGCCACAAGACCGGUGUGGUGAGUGGUCCCAGUGUAAUGGAGCGUCGCAAGGCGCGCAAUUUGCAAGCCAAAGCCUUGGCAGAGGAUCCUACAAUAUUUCAGUACGAUGAACUUUACGAUGAAAUGGAGAACAAACGUGAGGAGGCCAAACAGACCAAAAGUCAAGAGCCUCGUAAGCCCAAAUACAUAGGCCGUCUAAUGGAGCAUGCCGAGCGCCGGAAGCUAGAGAACGAGCUGCGCAUUGAGAGGCAAGUGCAGAAAGAACGAGAGGCGGAAGGCGAAAAGUUCAAAGAUAAAGAGUCAUAUGUGACGGCAGCGUAUCGGCAAAAACUUGAGUCCAUACGCCAGCUUCAAGAGCAGGAGCAACGUGACGAGUAUCUUGAGGCCAUUGGCGAUGUGACCAAACAAAAGGAUCUCGAUGGUUUCUAUCGUCAUUUGUAUGAGCAGAAAUUGGGACCCAAAACGGAUCCUUCAUCCACAGAGGAAGUUGCCGCCGGGUAUAAGCCUAUCAUCAAGCAGCGUACCUAUAGAAAGAGACAAAACUCGGAAGAUGAAGAAACGACAAAGACCACAAAGGCCACAAACAGUCCUACCAAGGAGACUAGCAAAGAUCAAACGGAGGGCAUCAAGCCACCCAGCAGCAAAGCACAUUUGGCCAAUAAUAUUGAUGCUGACUCUGAUUUUAGCAUAGAUGAUACAAGCGAUGAGGAAGAUGAUAAGCAAAAGGGCGAACCUAAGAAAGAAGAAACCAAGCGGCACAAUAAAAAGGAAAAUCCCAAGCCCAAAGAAAGGGAAAAAAAAGCGGAAAAAACGGACAUUGAACCAAUUAAAUCGUCCAACGAAGAAACAACUCCUCCAUCUCAAAAUGUGCCCCUGCCAUCGCCUCGGCCACCAUCUCCGCCAGUCGUUGAUCGGUCUCUCAUUUGGCGCAAACGCACGGUGGACGAAGUCUUCGAUGCGGCUUUGGCACGUUAUCAGGAACGUAAACGUUUGCGACAGGGUUGAAGCUGAACAUUAUCUCCAAGUUAAGGAAUUAUAAUAACAUAUUAAUUUAAAUACAAA